AUGAGUUUGAUCAGUAGUGUCUCAGGCUUUGCUGCUUUUGGUGUUCUUGUCCGUACAUAUGCACUUGGUCUUCAAAAGCGCCCUAUUUUCUCUAAUCCUAGCGGUCAUGCUAUAGCUGCCGGUGUCUUUGGUUCAGUUGGAUACUUUAUGUACUAUUUACAAGAAAGACAAGCAGCUGCUAUUGCUUCCAAGAAGGAAAUCAUGCUUCGAAAUAGAAAGCGUGCCGAAGAACUUGCAGCUUCAGCUUAA